CGAGUGAGGAUCUCGACAGGCAAUGUGUACGGGGUCUGGGUUGCAAUGUGACACACAACAGCCACGGAUUUCACUGCGGGGAAAAAUAUGCUGCGUUCCGUGCGAGCAAUGUGCGAAGCAACCCACUGCUUUCAGCAGCAGUUUGGGGUUAGAUGCAAUUACCCUUCUGCGAGCCUAGGGACCCGUCUCCCCUUCAGCCGGAACCUGGUGUUGCCCGGCUCCAGCUCAGGGGCCGGAGAUGAAGGGGAAGAGGAUGGAUUCGAGCCAGGACGGCAGCUGGGCGCUGGGCAGGGUCGGCUAGCCUGGACACGGCCAGGAAGUAGGGCUCAGCUCUCGAGGAGACGUUCCCUAUCGCCGCUGGAACGGGUCAGCAGCCUGAUCCCCCAGGAGAUGUUGUCCCAGGAGGUAAUGGACCUGCAGCAGAUAAACCAGGAACCAGGCCCAAAGGGUUACACAGGAGCAUCCGUGCCCUCCGCCCCUACAGGAUGGCAGGCAGCACCUGGGUGCAGCUGGCAUCUGCCCCAGGAGGAGGACCAUGGUUGGGAGGACACUGCUUGUCAACCAAACCCCCCGGACAGAGAAGUGCCGUUUAAACCUGGGGAUGUGGUGUUGGUGGAGUUCCGCAGGAGACACUGCCUGGAACUGCAAAAGAUGUUCAACUUGGUGAAAGAUGGGAAGUUGCACAGUAAGUGGGGCAUGCUUUCUCACCAGGAGAUCCUAGGGCAUCUCCCCGGCCAAGUCUUCAGGACCUCCACAGGCUCUAAGUUUAUCUUGAGGAGGCCGUCCCUGGAAGAAUUUGUGCUGCUGAUGAAGAGAGGACCAGCCAUUUCUUAUCCUAAAGAUAUUAGUGCCAUGCUGAUGAUGAUGGAUAUUGGUAGUGGGAACCAUGUUUUGGAGUCUGGUUCAGGAUCUGGAGCAAUGACACUGUUUCUAUCUCGAACAGUGGGAUCUUCUGGCCAUGUGUACAGUUUUGAAGUAAGACCAGAUCACCAUUCCAAUGCCAAAAGAAAUUACCAGCGCUGGCGGAAUGCCUGGGAAGUGGCCCAUGAGAAAGAGUGGCCAAAUAAUGUUGAAUUCAUUAAUAAAGAUAUUGUAACAGCUACUGAUGAUAUCCAAGGAAAGAUGUUUGAUGCUGUCGCUUUGGAUAUGCUUAGCCCUCAACUUGCUUUGCCUGUUGUCUACAAACACCUUAAGCAAGGUGGAGUCUGUGCAGUAUAUUUAGCAAAUAUUACCCAGGUUGUUGAUCUGUUGGAAGGAAUACGCAGCUGCCAGUUAUUCUUCUCUUGUGAGAAGAUCUCUGAGGUCAUUCACAGGAGCUGGCUCGUUGCACCAGCUCUACGGAAGGAUGGCAGCACAGCACCCCGAGUGAAACCACAAAACAAUGUACAUAGUGAGUCUGAAGAUGAACAAAGAAAAGAUGGAACCAAGGUCCUAGAGGAUAAUGAUGAAGAGGAAGAUACUAAACCUUUUUGCACAAUACCUUAUAUUGCCAGACCUCAUCAUGAACAAGUUUCUCACACAGCUUUCCUUGUUAAGCUAAGAAAAUUUAGACCUGCCCAGUUAUAUUCUACUCCACACAAGAGUGAAAACAGCAGCUUGGGAUUAUGAAGACUGAAUGAGUCCUAUGUACUGUAAUGUUCCAAUAUGUAUUAUAUCACUACGAUAAAUAAA